AUGGAAAGGUGGUGGUUUAAUUCGACGGUGUUUAAGAAGGAGUUAGAACGCGGGUAUGGAAUAAAGAAAUUAACGCACAAUCUUAGUCCUUUUGAAAAUACUAGUGAGAUUGAAGAUCCUAAUCGAAAAGGUAGGGCUAAAAACAUUCAUAGUUGCAGGGGUCGUGGCAAUUCUAGUUACAGUGAUGUUGGUCGUUUAUUUGGCAUCAAAGACAUUCGGAAUUUCAUCUCUGAUGAUACUUUUUUAGUUAGGGAUAGUAAUGGAGACAAAAGUUCUUUUUCUAGUUAUCGCAAUUCUAGUUAUAUGAAUAACGGAUCUACGAAUGAAGAUUCCUUAUACAAUCGUUACAUGUAUGAUACUCAAUCGAGUUGGAAUAAUCACAUUACUAGUUGCAUUGACAGUUAUCUUCAGUCUCAAAUCUGUAUUGAUACGUCCAUUGUAAGUGAUAGUAGUGACGGUUACAUUUCUAGGUGCGUUUUUGAUAAACGUAAAACUAGUAGUGAAAGUGGGGGUCCAUGUGGAUACCAUUUGAAAAUGAGUAGUUCAGAAAGAAUCGAAGUUUUGAUCGAUCCCGGUACUUGGGACCCUAUGGAUGAAGACAUGGUCUCUCUGGAUCCCAUUGGAUUUCAUUCAGAGGAGGAGCCAUAUAAAGAUCGUAUUGAUUCUUAUCAAAGAAAGACAGGAUUAACUGAGGCUGUUCAAACAGGCGUAGUUUAUGGGGGUAGUAUGGGAUCCGUAGUCGGGGAGAAAAUCACCCGUUUGAUUGAGUACGCUACCAAUCAAUUUCUACCUCUUAUUAUAGUGUGCGCUUCGGGAGCGCGCAUGCAAGAAGGGAGUUUGAGCUUGAUGCAAAUGGCUAAAAUAUCGUCUGCUUUAUUUGAUUAUCAAUCAAAUAAAAAGUUAUUGUAUGUAUCAAUCCUUACAUCUCCUACUACUGGUGGGGUAACAGCUAGUUUUGGUAUGUUGGGAGAUAUUAUUAUUGCCGAACCAAAUUCCUACAUUGCAUUUGCGGGUAAAAGAGUAAUUGAACAAACAUUGAAUAAAACAGUACCCGAAGGUUCACAAGCGGCUGAAUAUUUAUUCCAGAAGGGCUUAUUCGACUUAAUCGUACCGCGUAAUCUUUUAAAAAGCGUUCUGA